AUGUCGCCACACGUGGUGUCGUCCGACCAUCCGUCCAUCGACUUGGCCAAGUACGCGGUCACGCAAAACGCCUUCUUGCCGGCGACCAGUCCGCCAAGGUCGCUGUCAGACCCGUAUUACCAGCCCUGGGAGCUCAUCGCCCAGCACCUGCCCGCCCUCGUUGACGGCAACCGCAUCCGAGAGUCUGUCCGCCAGCUUGCCGUCCUGUCGACCUACCGGCUGCAGUCUGAAGCAGAAUGGAGGAGAGCCUACGUUAUCCUGGCCUUUAUGGCCCACGCGUACAUCUGGGGGGGUGAAGAACCCGAACAAGUGCUGCCGCCGCAAAUCACAGUCCCCCUGCUCCGCGUAUCGAGCCACCUGGAAGUGCCGCCCGUCCUGACGUACGCCGGCGCCAACCUGUGGAACUUUGUCUGCUCCGGCACCGACUUUGCCAGCCUGGACGAGCUCUCCCUGGCCGUGUCCUUCACGGGCACCGAGUCCGAGUCGUGGUUCCUGCUCAUCAGCGUCGCCAUGGAGGCCCAGGCCAUGGGCAUCAUGCGCAGGAUGAUGACGGCCCUCGAAGCCGUCGAGGCGCGCGACUACGGCGUCGUGACCUCUGCGCUGGGCGAGCUGCGGCGCUGCAUCCGCGGCGUGGGGGCCUUGCUGGACCGCAUGCACGAGAGGUGCGACCCCUCGGUGUUUUACCACCGCAUCCGGCCCUUCCUCGCCGGCAGCAUGAACAUGGAGGCGGCGGGCCUGCCGCGCGGCGUCUUUUACGACCAGGGCCACGGCAAGGGCGAGUGGCGGACGUACCGCGGCGGCAGCAACGGGCAGAGCUCCCUGAUCCAGUUCUUCGACCUGGUCUUGGGCGUGGACCACGGCGGGCAGCCCAGCUUCCACGCCGAGGUGCGCGCGUACAUGCCGGGGCCGCACCGCCGGUUCCUGGAGCGGGUGGCCCGCAUGGGCAGCAUUCGGGAGCUGGCGCUGCAGGAGCCCGCCGCCGAGGAGCAGCGCGCCCUGCGCGAGGCGUACGCCGCCGCCGCGGACGCGCUGGCCGGCUUCCGCGACAAGCACAUUGCCAUUGUGACGAGAUACAUUGUCGUGCCGUCGAGGCAGCAUCAGCGGCGGGUCGCUGACGGAGACGGGGACGGGGACGGGGCCGGGGCCGGGGCCGGCUACGUGUCGCGGCGCAACCUGGCGAGCCUGAGCUUGUCUCCGCGCAAGGGCCCGGGCCUGACGGGGACCGGGGGCACGCAGCUGAUUCCGUUUCUGCGCACGUCGAGGGACGAGACGCUGAGGGCGGCAAGGCUACACAGAGACGUGUCGUGUCGUGAGGAAGGCGUCUUGCCAUGA